AUGACUCAAAGGCUCAGCUGCAAGCUGGAUAGGACUCGAAUCUGCAAUUGCCAUGACUCUAACCCAAGAGACAACUCGGGAUCCAGAGGUCGCAAGGCUAGUGUGAUUUCCACCCAGAGCCGACCUCAAGUCACGCUCCGAACAGCCACGCUCCAGCGGGCGACUUGCCCUAACUUGGGAGCCACCUCGGCCGCUCAGCAGCGCGGAAGCAGCGUCUACGCCGGGAAGGGGCGGAGUGCCCGAGCCUUCGCCGCACGGGUCCCGGGACGAGAGGAACCCCGCCCCGGCCGCUCCGCGCCUCUCGUUUCCUCUCUGCAGCGCGUGCGAGGGACUGGACAGCGGCUCCACCCCGCAAGCACUGAGGACCGCGGCGGCAAAAUGAGAGCCGAGGAAAACGCGCCCGCGCCCGCCGGGAUUUGGUUCAGGCGCAUCUGCCUCGUAGUGCCAUGUGUGGGCAAGAGCAGUUUACUGUUACGAUUUGCAGACAACACUUUCUCAGGCAGCUAUAUCACCACGAUUGGAGUGGAUUUCAAGAUUCGGACUGUGGAGAUCAACGGGGAGAAAGUGAAGCUGCAGAUCUGGGACACAGCUGGACAAGAGCGCUUCCGCACCAUCACCUCCACGUAUUACCGUGGGACCCACGGGGUUAUUGUGGUGUAUGAUGUCACCAGUGCCGAGUCCUUUGUCAACGUCAAGCGGUGGCUUCACGAAAUCAACCAGAACUGCGAUGAUGUAUGCCGAAUACUAGUGGGCAAUAAGAAUGACGACCCUGAGCGGAAGGUGGUGGAGACAGAAGAUGCCUAUAAAUUUGCCGGGCAGAUGGGGAUCCAGCUGUUUGAGACCAGUGCCAAGGAGAAUGUCAACGUUGAAGAGAUGUUCAACUGCAUCACAGAGCUGGUUCUGCGAGCAAAGAAAGACAACUUGGCGAAACAGCAGCAGCAGCAACAGAAUGACGUGGUGAAGCUCACGAAGAACAGUAAACGAAAGAAACGCUGCUGCUAAUGCCCCAGUCUGCUGCGGAGACUGCACUGUGGUCCCUCCCCCAGCCCGAGGCCCAAGGGGGCUCCUCGGGGGACAGUCUCAGUUUUGUGCCCUUAUUUAAAGAAUCCUCUCCACGUUUUUGUAUUGGGAGGUGCCAUCAGCACUUCCUCCCUCCCCCCGAGUGCCAAGAAGGUGUUGGAGGAGCCUGCCCUUCCCCACUGGUGCCCUCCUCCCUGCUGAGGCGCCUGGACCUGGCGAGGACGCUGCCAGCGAAGCGGACUGAUUAACAGUUUGUACAUAGUGUAUAUUGCUUUAACCAGCUGCACACCCUCGUCCUGUUCUGGCUUUGCCUCCUUAAUGGCAGCCCGCUGCAACACAACCUACCCCGGCCCUCCCAUCUUAUCUAAUGGCCAGCAGCUUCUGGAGGAGACUGCGUCAUGUGCUAGCACAUCUUGGGCUGGCCUGGGACAGUGGAGUGGGCUCCAUGUUGCCGAUUCUUUCCUGCAGGCUGUCAGUUUCAGUCCUUGGCAUACAGGGACUGUGCCCAUUCUCCUGUCCCCACAGUUGUGCUGGGAGCUGGGGAAACCUGGCCUUGAGGUAGUUGUUGCCCUCUGCUGGCCCCAGGCCGUUGGUCCAACAGAGGAAGUCAGUCUUAUCCUUUGGCCAACAGGUUUCUCAUCCUGCUCCUGGACACCUGCUACAAACCCAGGGGAGCCGUGGCUUUUAACUUAUCAACAUGUUUCAGUUCCAACAGAAAGGUAGGAGUGUGUUUGUGCAGAGAUGGGGCUUGUUGGAGGCGAGAGGAGCCAAUAUCUGAAUAGAUAAAAGAAAAUGAAGCCAAAUCAAAUGAAUUAAGUUCUUCAACAUUCUUUCCCUGAGGUUUGAUUGGCAGCAAAAGUUGUGACUGCCCCACUUUGGGUCCAGUGUUUUUAGAAAAAUUGAAUUGCUUCCCAUCAUUGUGGGGCUGGGCCCUGGGCCCUUGGCCCUUGGAACAGGAAGGGGAUUUGCAUCCCUGUCCGUGUUGACCCUCCAGGGCUUCCCACUGGAAUUCAAGUCCAGAGUGAGGCACUACGCACCUCUAAAUGUGAGGGGGGGGGGUGAUGCCUCUGACCUGGAUGGGCAGCCUUGGAUCACUGACAGAAACUAUUUUAGCAUGAAGGUAGUAGGAAGACUUCUUGGUGGAGAAAAGUGGCAGUGGGGCUGGGGACAGCCUGGUUGUGAUGCACCCCAGUCCUGUGGAGGAAAAACCAGGGUCACCUACAUUUGGUUAGUUCGCCUUCAUCCCUGGGGUCCUUCAUUCCCAUUUUCCCUGAAAGGAUCAUGUAACCUGGGAAGAAAAUUAUUUCAACACCAUGAUGUGUUUUAUUCAAUUUCCUUUCCUGGGUGAUUUCCAGGCAAAGGCUGGAUUGGACAAUCACCUCACAGAUCACACUGCAGAUUUUCCAUGUUAACACUGUGGAUGGGUUUUUAAUCAAUAAAAAUGGGUUUUUUUUUCUCACCUGUCUCCACUUGUCCAAACUGUCAAAGCCAGGGUUCUGUGAUAGGCCUUCGCUUUUGAGCCAUGGGCAGCCCUGGAGGGUGCUACAGAUGGACCAGUAGGCAGCCUGUCUUGUCUGGAGGAGCCAGGAGCAGAGUAAGGUGUCCAUCCUCAGGACUGUCCUAGCUGGCCAGGGGCCUGUGAGGUUUGCACACAGCUCAGGGCUCCUGUGGUUAGGGUCGUUCUUGUCUCGGCGCACUCAGGUGAAGCCAAGUGUGGGAGUGCUUGCAAAUUCAAGCAAUAGGAGGGCGAUCCUGGGAGCCUCAGUGGCUUCUGGCACCUGGACAUCCAGACCCAGGUUGGGGUGGUGGUGGUGAGGACAGAAUGCCUGUCCUGCUAAGUGUUACACGCAUGACCAGUGGGUGGUCGGGUGGGGGUGGGGAUUUGGGUAGACCUACAUCCUGGUGGACCUGAUGUGAGAUUUGUCAAAACUUUUAAAUGGUUUGCUAGGAUUAUUUCUGUAUUGAAAGUUUCUAAUUAUGCUUUUUA